CCCACUUUCCACACCCUCACCCCCUCGCCUUCUUCUCUGCUCCUCUGAGAUGCCUCCGGAGAGCAAAUCUCCCCUCCAGAAGCUAAUGGGUGCGGGCGCCUCUAUCUUUCGCCGUGGAUUCAACUCCUCCAAAUGCAAGACGGAGGCGAAACUGGCGAUGGCGAGGAUAAAGCUGCUGAGGAACAAGAGGGAGGUGCAGGUGAGGCAGAUGAGGCGCGACAUCGCCAUGCUUCUCCAGUCCCGCCAGGAGGACACCGCCAGGAUCCGGGUCGAACAUGUGAUUAGAGAACAAAACGUUAUGGCAGCCAAUGAGAUCAUUGAACUUUUCUGUGAGCUGAUUGUGGUGCGCCUUCCAAUCAUUGCAAAACAAAGGGAUUGUCCUGCAGAUUUAAAAGAAGGUAUUUCUAGUUUGAUAUACGCUGCUCCAAGGUGCUCAGAAAUCCCAGAACUUAGCCGAAUUCGUGAUAUCUUUGAAAAGAAGUAUGGAAAAGAUUUUGUAUCAGCAGCAACAGAUCUACGUCCUAACUCUGGUGUAAAUUGUAUGCUGAUCGAGAAACUAUCAGUUAGAAAACCGACCGGUGAAGUAAAGCUGAAAAUCAUGAAGGAAAUAGCAAAGGAAUAUCAGAUCAAAUGGGAUGCCUCAGAAUCUGAGGCAGAACUUCUCAAGCCUCCUGAAGAACUUCUAGAAGGGCCACGCUUGUUUGUUGGUGCCUCCAGCAUCCCUGUGAAGCCUGUGCAUCCACCAAGCGACGUGCAAUUGAAUAAGCCUAGUCUCAGAUCAAACAAUUGCAGGGAAGAUUCCAAUAUGCAGUUCAAGGAUACAGCUUCAGCUGCUCGAGCAGCUGCAGAAUCUGCAGAGAAAGCUGUUUCUGCUGCACAAGUUGCAGCAUACCUUGCCAAACAGAACUCUCAUCCAUCUGAUCAUAAAGCAGCUACUUUUGACACCACUGCAUACAGUGUCAACAAAUUCAACAGGGUAGAUGGACUGCAAACACAAUCUUUAGAUUCUUCUACUCAAUCCUCUGGGACAAAUGAUCCUUCAGUCAAUGAGGUCAAAGCCCAUGGGAGAAUGUUCAAUUCACGAAGUUUCAACUUGUCGAACUAUAUGACUGAUAGCAGCAUGGAUGCUACCAAUUUGGAUGAUAACAAGAUUCUCAGAAGGAACAGUUGCACUGUGCGGACGGUGAAUUCAGAUAUAAAAUUUGAUGACUCAGAUGGAUUAGAUUCAGAAAAUGAUGAAGAAAUAUACAUGGAAACAUCAACAGAAACUCACCCUCCUCCUACACUGCCUCUACAUCGCAAUCACUUUGAAGAAAAAAAUCCUGCUGAUGAUAAAUCAAACGCAGGCAUGGUCAACUCUAUUUCUCGAGUCCAUCCAAAGUUACCUGACUAUGAAGAACUUGCUGCUCGCUUCGAAGCACUCAAGCGGCGCAGGUCUUGAAUAUAUUUAGUUAAAGUAAAUCCUCUAGAUGUAUCUACAUUUAUAUUUCUGGAGCACUCAAUGCACAAUUCUUGAGUACAUUUGAUUAAAAGCAGAGUCUAUAGUAGUGCCAUUUGUAUCUCUAUUCACAUAUUGUGUUAUGUAAGUUUUGGUAAGGAACAUACUUAUGAAUGAAUUCAUUGGUGGUUGAUGAGUUUUAA